AAUUAAAAAGGGGGAAAAGGAAACAUAUGCAAAAAGUGCUUUCUUCUUUUUCUCUCUCAGCUCAACUCUUGAAGCCAAACCACAGUUUGAUUGAUAUCUGUUGUAUUCGCCGAUUUGAUAAAGAUUCUUGAUUGAAGAUGGGAUCUGGAGCUGGAAAUUUACUCAAACUCAUCGCUCAAAACUUCGAUCUUCUUGCAGGGCCGGUGGUUAGUUUGGCUUAUCCUCUAUAUGCCUCGAUUCGGGCAAUAGAGACUAAAUCUCCGCUGGAUGAUCAGCAAUGGCUUACAUAUUGGGUUUUGUAUUCUAUGAUUACUCUCUUCGAGCUAACCUUUGCUAAGCUCAUUGAAUGGAUCCCAUUCUGGUCAUAUGCAAAGCUGAUUGUAACAUGCUGGUUGGUGAUACCAUACUUCAGUGGUGCGGCAUAUGUUUACGAGCAAUAUGUUAGACCUUUUUACACGGGAAAGCAGACUAUUAACAUCUGGUACGUCCCUAGAAAGAAAGAUGUGUUCAGUAAACCAGAUGACAUCCUAGUUGCCGCUGAGAAAUACAUUCAAGAACAUGGACCAGAUGCAUUUCAGGAAAUAAUUCAUCGGUCUGAUAGGGAAGUCAGGUUUAGAGGUAGCAGCUUGUUUUCUGAAGAUGAUCACAGAUACUGACCUUUCGACAUCAUGGGGAGCUUGUGUGUCUGUUGAUUGUCAUACAAGUAUGGUAUGUUGGCUAAACUCUGUUAUUAACCAUGUUGUAGGACAGGUUUCUCAAAUUUUUAAGUGUGCACUUAAUAUUGUUUACUUCUUGUAAAUUGGGUCUACUUUUAAUUAAUUACAUACAUAUGUCAAUAGAGCGUAUCAUCCAUUUUGUGGUUUA